UCAGGGAGGGGAACAGAAGAGGGGGAAAAACACAGAAACGAAAAGGAGAAGUGUCUGUUUGUGCAGAGACUCAUAAAGUUGACAGGGCCAAGAGCAGUCCCCAGGGACAGCGUGGAGGAUCACGGCUCUCAGGACUCGGGCAGAACUCUGAAGAGGGACAGCUCCCGGACUGUGGGGUCACCAGAGGAGCCCAAAUUGGUGUCUCCCUGAGCUGGAGCUGCCAUGUGCCAGGAACUCAGAAGGAAUUGGUAGCUCUGAUGAUCUUCUCAAAAAGAGUUCCUAGAAGCACCGGGGAGUCAGACACCCUCUCCUUAGGAAUUUACUGAAGGUGUGGAGCACACUCUGAAAAAUGCCCCGGUCCUUUCUAGUGAAGAGUAAGAAGGCUCACACCUACCACCAGCCCCGGGCACAGGGCGAUGACCUGGUCUGGUCUCCUGUCAUAAUUCCUGUGGCAAAAGAGCACACCCAGGGCGUCAGCGCUGUUCUCAGUACACCGCUCCCAAGCCAGAACGUGGCCUGGAACACAGUCAAACAGGAGCGGGAAAUGCUGCUGAACCAGAGCCUUCCCAAGAUGGCCGCAGCCCCAGAGGGGCCUCUUGGGACACCCCAGCCCCAGGAUGGGGAAUCGCCACUCUCCGAGUCACCCCCUUUCUACAAGCCCAGCUUCUCUUGGGAUACACUGGCCUCCUCCUACAGCCACAGCUACCAACAGCCCCCCUCCACCAUGCAGUCCGCCUUCCUGGAGCGCUCCGUAAGGCUGUACGGCAGCCCCCUCGUGCCCAGUACCGAGGCCUCCUUGGACUUCAGCCUCCGCUACUCUCCGGGCAUGGACACUUACCACUGUGUCAAGUGCAACAAGGUGUUCUCCACCCCUCACGGGUUAGAAGUGCACGUCCGCCGUUCUCACAGCGGAACCCGGCCCUUUGCCUGUGAUGUCUGUGGAAAAACCUUUGGCCACGCUGUGAGCUUGGAACAGCACACUCACGUCCAUUCCCAGGGCAUCCCAGCCGGGUCCAGUCCUGCGCCCAGCUUGGCUGUCCCGGGCCUCGAGGCCCCACCUGCACCUGACCCCCCAGGGCCUCGUUUCCUCCGGCAGGAGCGUAGCUUCGAGUGCCGGAUGUGUGGGAAAGCCUUCAAGCGCUCGUCCACCUUGUCCACCCACCUGCUCAUCCACUCCGACACGCGGCCCUACCCAUGCCAGUUCUGUGGGAAGCGCUUCCACCAGAAGUCGGACAUGAAGAAACACACCUACAUCCACACAGGCGAGAAGCCCCACAAGUGCCAGGUGUGUGGGAAGGCCUUCAGCCAAAGCUCCAACCUCAUCACGCACAGUCGCAAGCACACCGGCUUCAAGCCCUUCAGCUGUGAGCUGUGCACCAAGGGCUUCCAGCGCAAGGUGGACCUGCGACGUCACCGGGAGAGCCAACACAACCUCAAGUGAGACUAUGGGCUAGCCUGCCCCAGUGUGUCUCACCUGAAGGCCAGCCUCUCGAGUCCAAUCCUGAUCUCCAGUCCUAGAAGCAGCACUGCCUGUGAGCCUCUCUGCUUCUUUUGAGACUGGGUGACCUCAACCAAGCCAAGUUCCUUUUCUGACCGCAGCAAGGUGCAGGAGUCAGCUCGGGCCUUUCUGAGCUGAAGUACUCUCAUCUGCUGCCAGAGCACAGAAAGCUACAGACCCUUGGGAUGACCCAAAGAGGCAAGGGCCAGGAUCCACAGAGAAGUCUCUCGCUUGCUUCUCUGGGUCUGGUGACUGAAGUUUUUGGGAUUCUCUUUUCUGGCUGCCACAGUCAGAGUUGCCCCUGCCCUAGUGGUCUGGCACCCCUCUGCUUCGGCCAGACGUACUGGCUGUCCCCCCACUCCUGACCACAUCCAUCUGCCCACUGGGAGUCAGGCUCCACAGUGCACCCACGGCUGUAACACCAGCCAUCGGUGUAUCGGAAACCUGUUCCUGUCAGUCGACGUAAAUGUAAAUAAAGAUGAGUUUGUUUA